GGGAGGAAUAUGCGCACAAAUGCAGUCAAACAUACUUUCGCAAAAAACGAAAUAGUAAUAACGACACACACAUAAAAAUGACAACAUUAAAUCAUGCAUAGAUGGAACUUAGGAUUUUUUAUUGACAGAUCUGAAAUUUGUACUAACGAGUCGAUUGUUUUGUUAAACAAAUCCUAAGAUUGAAUAAUUCUAUAAAAUAAUAUUUAUAUUCUGUGUUAUUUAAAUGUCGUUACGUGACUUGGCCCACCAGCGAGAGAAACUCGAUAGAGGGGAACGCUGUGAAUGCCUACUCGCCUCCUGGUCGCAUCGGCCGUGUUGCUACAUGAUUAUAUUAUAUAAAAAUAUAUAACUCAUAAUUACAGUGCGAUGUAAAUGCUUCAAUUAAAUGUGAUUUUGGAGUUCACGUCCCGGAUAAUAAUUUUGCUCGAUUUGUAUUUGGGAAUCAAAGUAAUUAGUCAAGUCUAGUCAAGGCAAUUAAUUACAUCACUAUAAAUGUCACUUGGGUUCACCGAACUACCAAUCACAGCAGAGCCAAUUCCGAUUUAUUUAGGACGGCUAUUGCUGUCACUUUUUAAGUAUGAGUGAGAGUUACACGGGGUUUUUGUGUUUUCCCUAUUAUUAUUUAUAUUUUCUAACCAUAUCAGCGUGAAUAAUGUCUUAGUUUUACAUAAAACAUGUGGUGUCUGUGAAAUCGUUAUUUCUUACAUAAAAUGUUUAGAUACACCUCCCUCAGGGUGCUAUGCUGCCUGUGUAAAUAAAAUAAUGAGUGUAUCAAAAAGACUGUAAUAAUGUUAUUAUUCCAAAUAAGACUGUCUAAAUAAAUUUUAGGUUGCGUGCAAGUCUUAAGACAAAUAGAGCAAUGAGAUUCCAUCGAAGGUGUGGUGACAGAGUCACGUUAUUAAACGACAAUUUAACUGCAGUACGAAAUUUUGUAGAAUUUAAUCAUGGUUUGAUCUUAAGCGCAGAACCUCUUAAAGACGAUAUAUUAUUUGAAAUAUGUAUAGAUAGAAAGGUAAAUGUUUGGAAUGGAUCUCUUGAAAUUGGAGUCACAACAUUGGAUCCUGAAUAUAUGGAGCUUCCAGCUACUGCAACAAAGCUUCGUAACACUGCCUGGAUUAUGUCUGGAAGCUCUAUUGUAAAAGAUGGUGUUACUGUCAUAAAUUCUUAUGGCCCAGAACUUGAUACACUCCGAGAGGGAGAUUGCUUGGGUGUAAUGCGCACUAGUAAGGCAGAGUUAAUGUUCUACAUAAAUGGUAGGUGCAUUGGUCUGGCUGCUAAAGAUCUACCAACAAGAGUUUUUGCUGUAAUAGAUCUGUAUGGUCAAUGUGUUCAAGUUUCCAUCACUCACACCAAUGGAAUGAGGCCUAUCAUGGAGAGCAGCUUAGAUCAGAUUGAGGAGGAUCCUAAUAAUGACAAUACAUUGACAUCAAGUGAGCUGGAUGUGGCAUGUGCACUUCCAGAGUCCAUGACUAAAGAUUCGCAGAGUGUAUACAUUCCAAUGACGUCGGAAGGUGCAUGUGCACUUGCACAAGAUCGUCUUCGUUUUCAUCCACGGUGUGGUAUUCUAGUUAAACUGUCAAACAACAAUAAAUCUGCUGAAAGAGCAAGGCCGUUGGAUGAUUACAACAAUGGUGUAGUAAUGACUCAUCGACCAUUGGCCGACAACGAGUUGUUUGAAAUACGUAUAGAUAGGCUGGUAGACAAGUGGAGUGGGAGCAUAGAGGUGGGUGUAACAACACACAAUCCAGCAACAAUCAGAUUCCCAUCGACAAUGACGAACAUGGACACAGGAACUAUUAUGAUGUCCGGUUGCAAGGUGCUUCUUAAUGGGCAUGGCACUUGCAUGGAGUAUGGAAAUUUCAAUCUGGACGAAUUGAGGGAGGGUGAUACAGUGGGGAUGAUGAGGAAAAGUAAUGGAAAACUACAUUACUUCAUAAACGGUGUCGAUCAGGGCGUGGCUACGGACAAAGUGGAGCCGCAAGUAUGGGGGGUCGUCGAUUUGUACGGAAUGACGGUGAAGGUUUCUAUCGUCGACCCCUGUGAAGAUGUAGAUAGCAAUAUAAACCCACCGUCGGUACUUCCAACUCCGUACCAACUUCCAAACUUGUGUCGAUUAAGAACAACUUUAGACGAACAUACUCUUUUAUUUCAUACGCUGCGUGAUUCGAAUGUUAUUAUUAUUAACGAUGGUAAGACUGCUCAUAGGCCUAAUGCUUUCGAAUACUUCAACAACGGAAUAGUGAUGACCAAUAGGACACUAAGAACCGGGGAGCUAUUCCAAGUUAGGCUUGAUCUAGUCAUACCAAAGUGGGCCGGAAGCAUUGAAAUUGGGGUCACGCAGCAUUCUUCAAACGACAUCAAGUUUCCAUUCAAGAUGAGCAAUGCAAAAUCCGGCACAUGGGCGAUGACUGGUGAAGACGUGAUACGAGACGGCAGCAUCAUUAUACCGCAAUACGUCCGCAAUCUCAAUAGAUUAGUGGAAGGUGACACGGUAGGUGUGAUGCGGAAAGACAUGGGUAUAUUACACUUUUACGUCAACGGGUUCGAUCAGGGACCCGCGGCUUUCAACAUACCCGAACAUGUCUUCGGAAUCGUUGAUCUAUACGGACGUGUUGCGCAGGCGACUAUAGUUGAUUGCUACAUGCCGCCACCGUUCUCACCAGAAUCGCCCCUGUCUACAGAAUCUAAUGCCACUAUUUACCCUGAAAUGUGUUUUCACCGCGUACACGGGCGUAACGCGCACCUCAGCCGCAACAGACUAACAGCGUACCGCGGCACCGUUUACUCGGAGUUCAACGAUGCGGUGUUGUUUAGUUCACGGCCGUUGCGCGAAUGCGACAUGUUCGAACUGAGAAUCGACAAAAUGGUCGACUGCUGGAUCGGCAGCUUAGAAAUAGGCGUGACCGCCAUAAGGCCAGACGAUUUGGAAAGCAACGGCGGUGUGGGUGCAGUUGCUGGUACAGCUACGGAUUUAAACUGGGACACUUAUAUACUGAGCGGCGCCGCCAUGAUGAAAGAUGGCGAAUGUGUACGCAGCGGAUAUCCGCUGGAUUUGGACACGCUUACCGUUGGCAGUAGAGUGGGUAUGAUGUGGCAUGCUGACCGUAGUCUACAUUAUUACUUAGACGGAAUGGACAUGGGAAAAGCGUGGUAUGUGCCCCAUUUGAAUAUAUAUGCCGUCGUCGAUCUGUAUGGGCAGUGCACACAGGUAACCAUUCUUCAGAACGAAGAGCGAGCGUUUAAUUAUAAUGGCUGCACCAACUCUGACAACUCUCUUCUAAGCAACUCUAGGGCACUGUCUUCCCCGCCGCCGCCGUACUGGAGUUUCUCAGAGUACUGCGGUGAUAACAUUUGCCUGAUGCACGAUUAUUCUUACGCGCGGCGGCAUACCCCGGACCCUAUGGCUGCCCUAGUUUUUAGUUCCGCCCACUUGGCCGUCGGGGAGGUUUUUGAGAUUAAAAUAGUGGAAUGCAAGUAUGGGUACGCGGGCAGUUUCCGUAUGGGAGUAACUGAUAUCAAUAUACUCAACGCGCACGUCAAUCGGAGCUUCCCGCCCUCAGUAUCGUAUCUGCCACACUACACUGCUUACAUUGACGGGAAAUAUAUAAAAUAUUCGAAGGCUGGUUCUCGGGAGCAGGAGGUGCAUACAUUCGUACCCUCUUUCGAAUGGUUACGGCCGGGCGAUAGAAUCGGCCUCAAGAAGACCACAGAUGGUCGAGUGCUAAUCUACUACAAUUCAGAGCAAGUGGACACGGUUUUCGAGAAGGUUCCCGAUAAAGUGUAUGUUAUAAUGGAAAUAUUCGGGCACGUCACCAAAAUCCAAGCGGUUUCAAGAAAUAAUCUCGGCAACGCAUUUCCCCAGUCCACAAUACCGAACGACGAAUGCACAAAAGUGAUCCAGCCAAUAAUGAAUCACGGUAACAGUGUCUGCAAUAGCGCUGCGCCUGUUCCCCCGAACAAUGGUCAGGAGAACUUUGAUUCUACCAUCGGUCAUUGCAUGGAGCCUGCUGAACUUCCGUUUAAUGAGGAUGGUGCUAAUCCUUCUAGCAGCACUACCGCUGGUCUAGUCACUACUGAAACCAGAAGAAAACGACACCCUUUACCGUAUACGUUUCACCACUUACACGGAAAGAAUAUUCGGCUUUGCAGCUCAGACACAGUCGCCAUACGCACGACGGGGUAUCAAGAUGCACUCGCGAUAGCUAGUCAGCCACUUCGAAGAGGACACAAUUUUAGGUUUCGCAUAGACAAAUUGGAGGGGGACUGGUCAGGCAGUCUGUCGAUUGGAGCCGUCGGUACAUUGCCGAUGGAGAAUCUUCCGCCUAGCGCACUACACUUAGAACCGCCAGUGUGGGUCGUUUCAAGCGAUCUGCUACACAAUAACGGCACUUUAACAGUGACAGAUCUGGCGUCAGCACUAGAAUUUCUGCACGAGCAAUCCGUGGUGACUAUACACUUUAGAUUUAACAACGAUCUAGUCGUAGACAUAGAUGGAACGGUAAUCGGAGCCAUAGGGUCUGUGCCCAGGCUGUACAGCCACGUCUUCCCUUUGAUAGACCUCUAUGGAAAAGUUUUACAGGUUUCAGUAUUACUCCAUCCGUACGUGGUCGCGAGUGGAGCGUCUUUCGAUCUGCCCAUUAUAGCAGAGAAUCUCCGAGAGGAAUCCCUCGCAGAAUUAGAGUCGGACGAUGUUGUAAAUGCAUACGAUGAUAACACCAAUGCUGAAAUGCGAGCCAAGCGAAAACCCAAAGCAUACAGCCAAGAUAAUCUAGUCGAAGAUCAGUUUGACCUCAUAAUCCAGCCGGGGCCCAGUUCGAACCCGGAUCCACCUUCGUUAUCUAGUCUUCUGAAUACAGAAGCCAACAGUUGUGACCUAUUGAUAAAAGUUCAAAAACGUUCCUCGCUUCAUCAGAGUCUGAUUCUCCCCGAGAACAUUUCGAAUUUUGAUAAUGGUGCAGUUAACGUGAUACAGAAGAGUCAUUCGACGCAUAAUUUCUGCCAAGUGGUAGAGAACAGCUCGGAAUAUGACGUUAAAGCACCCUUGCGUCACACGUACAGCGUUGGAUCGCACGUGGGCGAAGAUUCGGAUGAUUACGUCGCACACGAAAACAAUUGCGACACGAAUAUUCGUCAUAAUGACAGGUACCCUGAAGCAAACGACGUGGACAAUUUGGACAACGAAAUCAUGGACGCUUUGACGCUCGAGACUGGCAAUUUGCCUGACUUGACAGAGGAGCAGUCUUCUUCAAUAGAUGAAUCCACUAGGCGAGAUGAUAUAUGGUCGGAGCCUUUAUCCGCUGAGAACUUGAAUUAUCUGAACAGAAUAUUGUGCUUCGACCAGGAUGGUGCAGAGGGGCAGAGUUUGGAAUCCGAAUGGGAGGCUUCGGGUGAAGGCUGUGAGCAUUUGCACUUGGUGCUGAAAUAUUGGAAUUUCCUCGCGCUUCCAUACCCGGAGCUGCGGCAAGCGGUGUCUUGGGGCCAAGUAAGGUGCUAUUGCAGUAGUUGCCAGCCUGAUGCGCAACCUCCUCUGGCAGGCUGGGUGCGCAUCGAGCGUAUAGACGGCGUAGGCGCGGCGCGGCGUGCGUUCUGGCACGUGUUCCGAUCAACGCUGGGCUCGGCGCAGGCGGCGGGCGACGCGGACGCGGGAGCGGUGAGACGCCCGCGAGCGUUACUGCCCACACCUUGUUCCGCGCCGCAUCUAGCCGACAUCUGGUUUGACGAGGAAGGGAAACCGCAUCACACAGUGCUGGCUAUAGAAAUCGAUGUAGAGGGUUCGGAGGCAGAAAACGACCGUUUGCUAGCGUUUUUAAUUUAUCUAAAAUCCCAUGUGGUGUUCAUAGACGACAACCCGCCAAGUUUAGAAGAGUAAUUAAUGGUCCAACUGAUUUACGUAUGGGAGAACUCAUAACUACCACUAAUACUUGUAUUUAUAAACUAGUAAUUACUAGUUGCUAAGUAAUUACUUGUUGCUAAGUAACCAAGUCAUUACUUGAGCCUAGAAUUCUUCAACAGUCAUAUACGUUACUUAAGCAAAUGCUUAAGUGGGGGUUGAAUUAUUAACGUUAUUACGGAAGUUUUAUUUACAACUUCUAAAAUGAUGAAAUAAAAUGAAUGAAUGAAAGUAAAUUGUCGAUACUUUUCCAUGAUUUCAGAUUACAAUAAUAAAAACACAAAACAUAUGGUUACUUACCAAUGGAAAUGGCGACUAUUACUUCAUUAAGAAUUCAUAUUUUUGACAAUUCUUCUUUCAUCAAUUUCUUAUCUAUGUUAAUGAAAAAAUGUUGCUCAAGUAAUUACUUCAACAAAAGUAAUAGUUUUACUUGUUUAUAAAAAAGGCGGUAAGAGCGUACGCAUGUAAAUAGUUAAGAAUACCCUUGUGAUGUUAUGAAUCUGCAUAAUGUAGUUUAGUACCAAUUACUGGUCACUAUGAGGCUUAAAGUAUAACGAAAUGAGCUUAGCAGUGGGUAAUAUGUUAAUAUAAUUAUAUCUAUGUAACGUUGAACAAUUUUAAAUUUGAACAGCAAGUUAAAUUAAUAAUAAAACAAUGAAACAAAUUUAAUACUUGAAAGAAAAAUGCUCUUAAAUGUCGCUGUAAGCGUUAAAUGAGGUUUAUUAUGUGAAUGAACAAUGUUGACGUUUUCUUUUUAUUAUGCAGAUUUAUUAUAUGACUGUAUAAAAAACUAUGUAAGUCUUCUAGUAUCAUAAAAAGUGUUUACACUAUAAUCGACCCAAACAGUUUUUCUCUUCGCGUGUUGGAACACAAGCCGAAUAGUGAAGUUCGCAUUCUUAUUUUAAUGAACUGAUAAAAUGUAAUGGAAUUGCUGCCCCUACCAAGCUUUUAGCUGUACGUUAAGAGACACGAAUUCUUUGUUUUUUGGAAUAUACGAUAGUAGGUCAUACCAAUGUAUUAUCUAUUGUCAAAUUAUUGUUGGUCAGAUUAGAAUGUCAUAUUGAUGUGACCAAUAAGAAUUGUCUGAAAUGAUUCCCUAAAGUGCUUUUGAUAAAGUAUUUGAUUGUAUUCUGGUUUAAUUAAACUUAAUUAACGAUAUUUUAGUUACAAUAUCGUAAGUGCGUUUUUGGUUUAAGUUAUUCAAGUUUUUUUCACUUACACGGGGCCUUUGGGCCUUAGGUAAUCGGAAACAAUAAAGACCUCAUUGUGUCUUUAUUGUUCUAUUGACAAUAAUAGAAAAGUUUAUAUUGAUCCGACUGGGAAUCGAUCCUGGAACCUCGACCUUUCUUGCACGACUGCUAAAAUAUGAUCUAUCCAUAUAACUGUGCAUAUAAUUGUUAAAUACUAUGCAUUUUGUGCAGGAAAACGAAUAGCGUAAAGAUAUCUGUGAAUAUUUUGAUACAGUAUGGUAUCAGAGUGUGUUUAUGGAAUUAAACGACUUUUCCAAAGCCUACUUUGGAUUAUGUUCUAUUUUUCAGUUCUUUCCUGUUUGUUUCCGCUCACUAACUCGAACAGGCCCCGCUUGGGGUUGUUUUAACCCAUAUUAGUCAUAUGACUGUCCCACUCAAGUGAUUCUUAUUCGUUAUAUAGAUAUUAUUACACUCUGACCACCGAUAAUAAAGUUAUGUUUUGAAUAUUUUAAGAAGUCUAAAUUAAUACUAUAAUUAUUGUGUACAUAUUUGAAUAGAACCGUGAUCUUACUUGAUGACUGUUAUACUUAUAACGUUUAAAGGGGUGCCAGCAGGCAUCGUAGGUGACCUGAGAGGUGAACCCCACCUGAGUUUUUUCUUCUUUUUAUUUAACAACGUCACGAAUUUCACAUUUCGGACUGUUCCCGGAUAAGGAGUGAUUACACUUACCGAUGCAGAGACCGUUUGUUCUGAUUACAGCGUUUUAGUUAAUCCAAAAAAAAAAACCAGAAAUAUUGUGUUCGCCUUAUUUAAACAUUCGAAAGAAGUUAAACGACACCACUUCAUGGAAUAUUGACCUAAUUAGUCUUUACAUCAAAAUUACCACAGAAUUAUGUUGCCACCUGUUUUUGUAAACUAUUUGCGUAAAGUUAAGUAUUGGUGACACUGUAGCGACAUUUGCAUGUAAAUAGGAUGCUAUAGAGGGCAUUAGCACAGCUUUUGUCUCAUUGACUCGUGUAGUAAUAGGUCAAUAUUCUAUUAUUGAGAGUGCAACCAGCCGGCUAUUAAAUUUACAUUAUGUUAAUUUUCCGGACACAUUUAAUUUCGAUUGCAGUCAUACGAAAUUCGAUUCAUUUUCGAUGCUAACCAAAUAACACCAGAUAUGAAGAUUAAAUUCAAGUUUUGCAAUUAAAUAUGACUGAGAUGAUUUCAUGGUGUAGCGGCAAACUUCUGGGGCAAAACCACAGACAAAUAAAGUUGCGCAGUAGACGUUUUUGUAUGUAAAAUUGCGACUGUGCAGGCUUCCUUGUCUAUGGUUGUCGCUCAAGAAGUAAAGUAAGUGUAUAGCAAGCUACUCCGAAUCCGAAAGUGUAAACGUCCGAUUGGUUUAUUAAGAUAAUUAUCGGUAAAUGUGGUCACUACUCAAUAGGUUUUAAUCUACGUAAAAUAAGGGACACAACAAGGUUGUCUUAAUAAGUUAGAAUGCAAGUAAUCAUUAUGUAACGUCGAUAUUUAUGUAACAGUCUAAGCGGUAUUGAUUAUAUUAUCACCUCUCCACCACGCUUUAGUAGUUUUAAACAGUCUAUUAUUAAAAUUAUUUUUGUGAUCUCGAAUAUUAGCAAUGGAUAAGAUUUAUGUUGUACAUUUUCUUUUUUGUUUUUAUGGUGCAGUUUGUAAAUAUAGCUUGGCAAUGUAGCAAUAUUAAGUAUUAUUAUUUUAGUCAUACAAUCUUCACACUGUUCAGUUUUUCAUAAGAAAUAACUAAAGAAGAGUAUAAACUAAAGCGUUGCCUUGAAAAAUGUGAUUUAACAUGUUCACGUGCUAACGUGUAUGCGUGGCCGAUAAUUCGCCCUACAGACUACGCAAAAUCAUUGGCAAAAUUUUACGUCAACUUCAAUACAGAUAGUAAAUAUAUUCCAAAACCACAUAGUUACAUUACCUAUUCUGGAUAUGUAAAUAUAUAAUUUAAACGAUAUGUAAAGAUCAAACAUGGAAAAUAAUUCGGAGCGCAUUUGUAGUUGGGCAAUUUUGCGUAAUUGCAUAUAAUUGGGGCAAACAAUGAAUGGAUGAUCGGCCAUCCUUUCUGGUUUCUGUUUAAGUACAAUUAUUAAUUUAAAAGAGUUUUAUUAAAACUCUAUAAAGGAGAUUGCUCAAAUUGGCCCAAAUGUACAAAAAAUAUUGACAUAUACGGUAAUUCUUGGCUUAAUUUAAACUUUAUUUUACAGUCAUUAGAUUUUAACGGAUACCUUUGUAUAAUAUAUUGAUUUUAAAAAGGACUUUUAAUUUUACCGGUUUGGAAAACAUACGAAUCAUUUUUAAUGGCUAUGGGUGUCAGCCAAAGACUGAUCGAAGUUGUUUAUAUAACAUCAAAACAAAUCUAUUUUGUAAAGAUCGAUAUAAUAAAACUUUAUUUUUAUUACACUAUGGUAUUAAUAUCCACAAAUAUAUUAUCAUUUUCACUACAUGCAAAGACUAAGCUAAGACAAUUAUUAUAGAUGGUAGGUGACAUCAUAAAGUUGCCAUAUAUUUUUCGCCAAACACCUCCAUAAACACAUUAUAAGGUGUAAUACACUAAAAAUCUAAAAUAUAGUUAUAAAAUAAAUAUAACAAAAUAUAAUGAAGCUACUGAAGAUAUGGCUGUAUAACCUAAAUCUCUUUCUUUGGUUAACGAGAGUUUAAAAAUUCCCUCUAGUCUGUGGCUCAUUCACAAUCAUCACACAGUUUCUGCCACAUAGUACCUUAUUAUAACCGGAAAUGCAUAGAUAAUACCUGAUUUUAAAAGUUACUCUUGGGCAUUAACUUUAAAAACAGGCAACUAUAUGUUAAUCCACAUGCUCUAUAUACCUGAAUAUAAUACAUAAUUUCGGUACUUGGCUGGUUUUCCCUAGUUUACUAUAUAACCUAUUUGUUUUUUAUUAUUUUAAUACCGAUGUACCUAUUUGCAAACAUAACCUCAAAAUCAUUCAGUGUAUAUGGUUUAUAGAAGUUCUCAGGGGUGUCCGUCAAUAAUAUUCGUUUCUACAGCAAUUUAUAUAUAAUUUCGAAUCUAGGAAACAAUUUUUCAUGAUUAUUGGUCUUUAGGCCAAAUAUGUAUGGAAGCUGAGCAAUCUCC